AUGAAGGGCUUCAUGACAGUCCGAUUCGACCAUGUCAAUCCCGCGUCUGAAAAGUUCAACCAGAAUGAGGUCCGCGGCUCGCUGGCCGGGCUGGACUACUCCCCGCUGCCGAGGCUGACGAUGCGGUCUCUAGCCAUGGGCUGUCUGGUUAGUAUGGGCGGACUGAUUUUCGGCUACGACACGGGCCAGAUCUCCGGAUUCCUCGAAAUGCCCGACUUCCUGGAGCGGUUCGGCAUGACCAACCCCGACAACGGGCAAAAGUACUUCUCGGCGGUGCGGUCGGGGCUAAUCGUGUCGCUGCUCUCCAUCGGCACGCUCAUCGGGGCGCUGACGGCGGCGCCCGUGGCGGACCGCAUCGGGCGCAGGCCCUCGCUCUCGAUAUGGUGCCUGGUGACGGCGGUCGGGUUCGUGGUGCAGAUUGCGGCCGUGUCGGCGUGGUACCAGGUCAUGAUCGGGCGGUUCAUCGCCGGGCUGGGCGUGGGCGCGCUGAGCCUGCUGGUGCCCAUGUACCAGGCCGAGACGGCGCCGCCGUGGAUCCGCGGCGCCAUGGUGUGCGCGUACCAGCUCUUCAUCACCCUGGGCAUCUUCCUGGCGGCCACGUUCAACUACGGCACCGUGACGCACCACGGCGGCGACUCGGGCAGCUGGCGCAUCGUCAUCGGCCUGGGCUGGGUCUGGACCGCCGUGCUGGGCGUCGGCAUCCUGGCCUUGCCCGAGACGCCGCGCUUCGACUUCCGCCACGGCCGCGCCGAGCGGGCCGCCGAGACCAUCCGCAAGGUCUGCGGCGCCGGGCCCAACCACUGGGCCGUCCGCACGCAGGUCGACGAGAUCGAGGCCAAGCUGCGCGCCGAGGACACGGUCAAGCUCGGCCCCGCGCGCGAGUUUGUCGCCAUGUUCUCGGCGCCCAAGAUGGCGCGCCGCAUCGCCCUCGGCGUCGCCCUCCAGAUGUUCCAGCAGCUCACGGGCGCAAACUACUUCUUCUACUACGGCACCACCAUCUUCCGCUCCGUCCAGAUCAGCAGCUUCGUCACGCAAAUCAUCCUCAACACCAUCAACUUCCUCGUCACCUUCAUCGGCCUCUACAUUGUCGAGCACUUUGGCCGCCGCCGCUCGCUCAUGGCCGGCUCCGCCUGGAUGUUUGCGUGCUUCAUGGUCUUUGCCACCGUCGGCCACUACCGCUUCGACCGCCAGGACCCGCAGCGCACGCCCACCGAGGGCGUCGUCCUCAUCGUCUUUGCCUGCCUCUUCAUCCUCGGCUUCGCCACCACCUGGGGCCCCAUGAUCUGGACCAUCCAGGCCGAGCUGUUCCCCUCGCGCUACCGCGCCAAGGGCAUGGCCCUCGGCACCGCCUCCAACUGGACCUGGAACUUUUGCAUCGGCUUCUUCUCCACCUUCAUCUUCAACGCCAUCGACUUCCAGUACGGGUACGUCUUCGCCGCCUGCAACGUCGUCGGCGGCCUCGUCGUCUUCUUCUUCGUCGUCGAGGGCCAGGGCCGCACCCUUGAGGAGAUUGACACCAUGUACCUCGAGGGCGUCACCCCCUGGAAGAGCUCCAGCUGGGUGCCGCCCCCGGCCGAGGACAUGGCCCGCAUCAGGAGGGAGGCCGGCCUUGACCUGGACGCGGCUGGCGGAGACUGGUGA